UAAUCCCACAACUUGAAAAAUUAUUAUAAAGUAAAAUGAAGACUUUUGUAUUGGUUUUGUUGUGUCUAUCAUCCCUCAUGGGUGCAUUGGCUCAAGGAGGGGUGGGUUCAAUUAUAAGCAAAUCCAUUUUUGAUCAAAUGUUGAAGCAUCGAAAUGAUAAAAAUUGCCCUGCAAAUGGAUUUUACACUUAUGAAGCUUUCAUAGCUGCGGCCAACUCCUUUGGAGCUUUCGGAACCACUGGCGAUACCGAUACUCGAAAACGAGAAGUUGCUGCCUUCUUGGCUCAAACUUCGCAUGAGACAACAGGAGGAUGGUCUUCUGCUCCUGAUGGUCCAUAUGCGUGGGGAUAUUGCCACAAGCAAGAAGAAGGGAAUCCACCGGAUUAUUGCGUUGCAAACCAGCAGUGGCCAUGCGCUCCUGGUAAAAAGUACUUCGGUCGAGGCCCCAUUCAAAUUUCCUACAAUUACAACUAUGGUCCAGCAGGAAAAGCCAUAGGGUCUGAUCUACUAAAUAACCCAGACGCAGUAGCAAAUGACCCAACCAUUUCAUUCAAAACUGCAUUAUGGUUUUGGAUGACACCACAAACGCCAAAGCCCUCGUGCCACGAUGCAAUCAGUGGGAGAUGGAGACCCUCGGCUGCAGACUCGACUGCCGGUCGGUUACCCGGCUACGGUGUUGUUACCAACAUCAUUAAUGGUGGAAUUGAAUGUGGUAAAGGUUCCAACCCACAAGUGGAAGAUAGGAUUGGCUUCUACAAGAGAUACUGUGACUUACUUGGAGUUGGCUAUGGCCCUAAUUUGGACUGCUACAACCAAAGGCCAUUUGCUUAAGAAGUUGUGGUUCUUGUAUUCACCUAUAUGUGAUGCAUCGACAAUAAAGCUUAGUGAUGAAAUAAAGCUCUUAGCAGCUAUCAUUUAUGGAUCUGUAUAAUAAAACAUCAAUAAAAUUAUACUUUUAGUCUUU